AUGGAAGAUGGCGAGUAUACCCUCGCUGCUGACGAGAAGCACCGCGUGGAAGAGAAGCAGCGUUCCAAGCGCAGGGAUCGCGAUACUAUGGGCGAGGUCUACGCGCCGCAAUGGUUCGUUCGUGACCAGUGCCCUGUCACCGGCGUAUAUUCGGCCGCUUUUUUCAUAAGGUUUGAUUUUCGACGGCCUUGUUUUUGGCGCUUGGAAUUUCUGACCGAUUUAGAUCGAUUGGGCGGGGAGGCAGAUGUGGAAGCCAUAUGA